AUGGCUAUGAUUCCCGCAGCUUACAUACCCCCACUACGAUUUAACCUAGUUCAGCCCAAUCUAUACCGUGGUGCAUAUCCACGACAGCCGAAUUUUAAAUUUUUAGAAACACUCAAACUCAAAACGAUAAUUUCGUUGACUCCAGAACCUAUAACUUCAGAGACAGAUCCUGUUUUUUACCAAUGGGCCCAAGAACAAUCGAUUUGCUUGAUACAUUUGGAAUGCGCUUCAGGGGGUAAAGGGAAGAAGAGGUCUGUGCCGUUGGAUUAUGAUUUAGCAUUGACAGCUCUUAAUCUUAUGAUCCAUAAUAAGAAUCAGCCUAUCUUUAUUCAUUGCUUGAACGGUGGACAAAUCACAAGUUUGCUAGUAGCGUGUUUGAGAAAGCUACAAUUUUGGUCUGCCAUUUCAAUCUUUAGCGAGUUUAUCAAUUUCACCACCAAUAUCACGGUAAAUGACCGGUUGUUUGUCACGAAUUUUCAUGGAACGGUGAAAAUAUCUUCCAAAAAUAAGGUACCCUGGCUUUGGGUCGGUGUUAGUAAGCACUUGGUUAUGAACCAUCCCAAAUUAAAGGUGAUAGAAAUCGAUGAUGCUCAAGAUGGCAAUAUAAAUGCAGAAUUCGUAAAUUAA